AUUUUGAAAUGUUCUGUUGACGUCAAAAAACGAGUGCACUUUUGAGUACACAAGUGCGUUCACAUUGAGCAGGACUUAAUGCCAAAAAUCAGUGCGUCAGGUGUACCCGGAUGUUGCACCCGACAUUCCCCAAAUGGCGAGUGUGCAGCGAUUGUCCUAACCAACCUCAAUCAUCGCCAUGUUCGCUGCGUUGCUGAAAGGGAGGGAUUCGAGUGAUUGCUGUCGUGAAGGACAAAAGAGGACUCGGCUAAAUAUUAGAAGGUCAUUUCCGCACACCCACCUACCUUCGGGAGGAGCUCUGACACACCUGCUUGCAAUUACCACGUCCUAUUUAUACCCUGCCUUGAGUUUCAUUCCUUGCCAGAUUGUCUCCUCAUGCACACCUGUUACUAGUUCGCGUCUAGUCUUGGCAUCCAUUGUUCUCUAGCUUCUGGUCAAACUUUCCAAGUUGUAAGUACCCAUGUUUUUGCUCCUCCGUGUACUUUUUGCCACAGUGAUUUUUUGUUAGCAUUUUCUCUGCUUAGUUUUUCUAUUGCUACCUGAGUUUUUGUCUUUUGGUUUGUAGUUUAGAGGUUUUUGUGUUUUUGUUUUUUCCUGCUAGUGCAGCGAUUUUGUUAUACCUUCUUUACCGUGGAUUAUACCCGGUGCCUUUCGUUAUUGGACUGUCUUUAAUAUUAUACCCUUUGUAAGUAAACAUAUUUUUCUAAAACGGAAGUUGGUGUCCAUCCUGUUACCGGCCACGUGCCCGCCCGUGUCAGCAACGCCAGUAAUGCAUUUGGGACAGCGCUUAUAUCGUUUUCGUCACAGUUCAGUCGAAUAAAUUGUUUUGGCUACGUGUUUACGUCGGAUGGCCUUCUGGCGUAACGCUGGCCGGGAGUCGAAAUUAUACCCUCAGCUGUAAAAGGUAGAGGUGUUUACUAUUACACCGGCAGUUACAGUUUGGGACAGCACUCCACCGUCACGAUGGGCAAGCCUUGAAAGUAAUGUAGGAACGUACAUCCUGCAUGCAGUGACGCUGCUUGACGCAGUUGUGGCUCAGUAGUAGUGGUUUAGAUAAAGACACCAUCUCUCUAUUAUUGAAUUGGUGAUUGCCAAUGUUGCUUGUUAAAAUUUGAACAUUCAUCAUAGAUAUUAAAUACACCCAAUGGUUCAUCCUCUGGGUAUUUCCAGGUUUGUGGAAUACUUCCAUAAUUUUAUAAUUUAUUUUAUUGUAUUUGUUUAUAGUAAUGAUCAAAUACAAAGCAAUUUAAACUGUUCAGCAUUGAUUGCACACAAAUAUUAAACCAAGAGUACCAUUUUUGAUGCAGGGGUAAGUGUGGAAGUGGUUGAUUUGAUCUCAGUUAAUCGUAAAUAUUACCAUCAACUCCCAUCAAUUAUGAACAUAUGGUGUUGAACAAGUUGUUUACUUUUCAGUUCUAACACCAUGGCUCAGCAUAUGCAUGUGAACACACCGCUACUGGAGAGCGUCAAUAUGUCCAAACGUGUCGGAACCACUGUGUAUUUGAAAAUGGAGAACUCCCAGCCCUCUGGUUCCUUUAAGCUCCGUGGCGUUGCGCACAUGUGCCAGCAGCUUGCAUCACGGUCUAAAGGAAUCGUCUGUCCCUCAGGUGGGAGUGCUGGGAUGGCGGCUGUCUAUGUCGCUAGAAAAAUGUGUUUGCCAGCCACCAUCAUAAUUCCCUCUUCAAGCCCUCAGUUAGUUGUCCAAAGACUACAGGAGCAAGGUGCAACUGUGAAGGUUGUGGGCAAGGACUUUGAAGAUGCUAUAGCCGAGGCUUUUAGAAUUGCUGAAACAGAAGGACUCGUCUAUGUGGCUCCAUCUGACCAUCCCUUGAUAUGGCAGGGCAAUUCCAGUGUAAUCACAGAGGUUGCAACUUCUCUGGGUCCAAAUGUCAAGCCUGGAGCAGUGUUGAUAUCUGUGGGUGGAGGUGGGCUCCUCUGCGGUGUCGUCCAGGGCCUGAAGGAUGUAGGCUGGGUGGACGUUCCCAUCAUUGCCAUGGAGACCGUCGGGGCCGACUCUUUGAAUGCUUCGGUUAAGGCAGGAAGGAUAGUCACCUUGGAUGACAUCACCAGUGAGGCUGUAUGUCUUGGUGUAAAGACAGUCUGUAAGAAAGCAUUUGAAUACACUCAAAGCAAUGAGGUGUCAAUCAUUUCUGAACUGGUGACUGACAAGCAGGCACUUCAUGCUUUAGAGACAUUCCUGGAUGAGGAGCGUGUCCUGGUGCAGAUGGCAUGCGGAGCAGCUCUUGCAGCUGUCUACAGUGGGGUGGUGCAGAGAUUACAGGCUGAAGGUCGUCUCCCGGCUCACAUUGGCCCCCUGCUGGUAAUUGUGUGUGGAGGCAGCAGCAUUAACAUGGAGCAACUAUCCAUGCUCAAACACAAACUGGGGGCGAUAUAAACUUGUGGCACAGUAAUAUUAAGGGCUAUAAAUAGGAAUAUGGAUAUCCAUAUGCACUAUGCAGAUGAACUUAUUAGGGAACCCAAUUCUUGUUUUGCAAUAAUAGUAUUGUAUGGCAGAAAUGAGGGCCAAUUAGAAUUUAACAUGGGUGUUGGGGUCUUAGGAAGUAAGUAGUUUCGACAAUAAACAUAGCUAUCCAAUAUACAGUGCGAAGCAUCCAUAAAGUCUGGACAUAUAUAAAUACAUACAUUAUACAAAACGUUACAUUUAAUUAAUAAGUGAAAUUUAAUACUUUUUCCAUCCAUCCAUUUUCUAUGCCGCUUGUCCUCGCUAGGGUUGUGGGGGUAUGCUGGAGCCUAUCCCAGCUGUCUUUGGGCGAGAGGCAGGGUAGACCCAGGACUGGUUGCCAGCCAGUCGCAGGGUACAUACUAUAUAGACAACCAUUCACACUCGCAUUCAUACCUAUGGACAAUAUUGAGUCGACAAUUAACCUCCAUUCCAUUCCAUUUUCCUCCACUUAUUCGGGUCCGGGUUGCGGGGGCAGCAGUCUUAGUUGGGAAGCCCAGACUUCCCGGUCCCCGACCACCUCCCCCAGCUCCACCGGGAGGACACCAAGGUGUUCACAGGCCAGCUGUGAGACAUAAUCCCUCCAGCGUGUCUUAGGUCUUCCCCGGGGCCUCUCGAUGUGAAGGAGCAGCGGCUCUACUCUGAGCUCCUCCCGGAUGACCGAGCUCCUCACCCUAUCUCUUAGGGUGAGUCCCGCUGCCCUACGAAGAAAACUCAUUUCAGCCACUUGUAUCCGCGCUCAGUCUCGUUCUUUCGGUCACGACCCAAAGCUCAUGACCAUAGGUGAGGGUGGGAACAUAAAUCGAACGGUAAAUUGAGAGCUUUGCCUUCCAGCUCAGCUCUCUCUUCACCACGACGGUCCGGUACAGCGACCGCAUUACUGCAGACGCUGCGCCGAUCCGCCUAUCGACCUCACGCUCCAACGUUCCCUCACUCGUGAACAAGACCCCGAGAUACUUGAACUCCUCUACCUGGGGCAGGACCUCAUUCCCAACCCGGAGGGAGCAAUCCACCCUUUUCCAACUGAGAACCAUGGCCUCAGAUUUGGAGGUGCUGAGUCUCAUCCCAGAAGCUUCACACUCUGAUGCAAACCGUCCCAGUAAACGCUGCAGGUCACAGCCCGAUGAGGCCAUCAGGACCACAUCGUCUGCAUAUAGCAGAGAUGAGAGCCUAAGGCCCCCGAACUGGACUCCCUCAACACCAUGGCUGCGCCUAGAAAUUCUGUCCAUGAAAAUUAUGAACAGAAUCUGUGAUAAAGGGCAGCCUUGGCGGAGGCCAAUGUUCACCGGAAACAGGCUUGACUUACUGCUGGCAAUGCGAACCAGGCCCCUGCUCCGGUUGUACAAGGACUGAAUGGCACGUAGUAGCGCGCCACCAAUCCCAUACUCCCGGAGCACCCCCCACAGGACACCACGAGGGACACGGUCGAAUGCCUUUUCCAGGUCCGCAAAGCACAUGUAGACUAGUUGGGCAAACUCCCAAGUACCCUCCAGUACCCUUGCAAGGGUGUAGAGCUGGUCCAGUGUUCCGCGACCAGGACGAAAACCACAUUGCACCUCCCGUAGCCGCGGUUCGAUUAACGGUCGUACCCUUCUCUCCAGCAGCCUGGAAUAGACUUUCCCAGGGAGGCUGAGGAGUGUGAUCCCCCUAUAGUUGGAACACACCCUCCGGUCACCCUUCUUAAAAAAGGGGGACCACACCCCAGUCUGCCAAUCCAGAGGUACUGUUCCUGACUUCCACGCAAUGUUGAAGAGACGUGUCAGCCAAGACAGUCCCUCAACAUCCAGAGCCUUGAGGAAUUCAGGGCGAAACUCGUCCACCCCCGGAGCUUUGCCACUGGGGAGCGUUUUGACUACCCCAGAUACCUCAGCCACGGUGAUGGAACUGUCUGUGUUCGUGUCCUCAGCCUCUGCUUCCUCUAUGGAAGGUAUGUCAGUGGGAUUGAAAAGGGCCUCAAAAGUAUUCCUUUCUCCGCCCAACUAUAUCCUCAGUCGAGGUCAGCAGGCCCCUUUCCCCACUGUAAACAGCGUGGACCGGGUACUGCUUCCACUUUCUGAGGCGCCGGACGGUUUGCCAGAACCUCUUCGAGGCUGAACGAAAGUCGUGUUCUAUGGCCUCACCGAACUCCUCCCACACCCGAGUUUUUGCCUCGACCAGAGCCGAAGUAGCGUGCCGCUUGGCCUGCCGGUACCUAUCAGCUGCUUCAGGAGUCCCACAAGCCAUCCAUGCUCGAUAGGACUCCUUCUUCAGCUUGACGGCAGCCCUGACCUCUGGUGUCCACCAUCGGGUUCGGGGCUUGCCGCCACAACUGGAACCGAGCACCUUGCAGCCGCAGCUCCAAUCGGCUGCCUCAGCAAUGGAGGCACGGAAUAGAGCGCAUUCGGACUCAAUAUCCUUGUCCUAACCCCGGGAUGCAGGCAAAGCUCUGCGGGUAGUGAGAGCUGAAGACUCGAAGAACAGGAGACUCUGCCAAACGUUCCCAGCACACCCUCACUACACGUUUGGGUUUCCUGGGUCUGUCCGGCAUCCUCCCCCGCCAUCUAAUCCAACUCAUCACCAGGUGGUGAUCAGUUGACAGCUCAGCCCCUCUCUUUACCCGUGUGUCCAGAACAUGCGGACGCAGGUCUGACGAUACGACUACAAAAUCAAUCAUAGACCUACGGCCUAGGGUGUCCUGGUGCCAUGUGCUCUUAAGGACAUCUUUAUGUUCGAACAUGGUGUUUGUGAUGGACACACCGCACGGGUUUAGAUGGGGGAGGUCGUUCCUCCCAAUCACGCCCCUCCAGGUCACACUGUCAUUGCCCACAUGGGCGUUGAAGUCUCCCAGCAAAACGACGGAGUCACCAGUUGGGUUGGUCUCCAGCACCCCUCUGAUGGACUCCAAGGACCUGUUUGUCUUGGGAGACCCUACCAGGGACAUAUAGCCCCAGACAACAUAGCUCCUAGGAUCACUCGGGCACACAAACCCCUCCACCACGGUAAGGUGGUGAUUCACGGAGGGGGACAAUUAACUUAACAUGCUUAUUUUUGGAAUGUGGGAGGAAACUGGAGUACCCGGAGAAAACCAACGCACGCAUGGGGAGAACAUGCAAACGCCACACAGAGAUGCCCAUGUGCAGAUUCGAACCCAGGUCUUGACUGUGCCAACAUGCUAACCGCUAGAACACCAUGUGGCCUAAAUAUAUAUAUUUUUAAUAAUAUAUAACAAAUAUGUCACAUAAAUUAAUUUUUUAAAUGUGUUAUAUAGUUUUAGUGUUUUGAUGAUUUUUUAAAUUAUAAAAUAAAUAAAAGAAAUUAUAUACAGUAUAUAUAAACCGUCUUUUAUUGCGGUGAAUUGGUUCCAGGCCCGACCAUAAGUGAAUUUUCGUAAAGUAGGAUUUCAUAUUUAUGAAUGGAAUUUUUUUGUAUUUAGAGCACCUCGAAAACCUCUUUAAAACCUUUUAACUACAUGAAUUAACAACCCUAUAGUCACCUUUACACUCGUAUUACCCAACAUAGUAGACUUAAAAAGAGGAAGUAAGACAUUUAAUCCAAUCAAAAAUAUCCACUUUAGAUGGCACAUUUUAGAAACCAAGGUUCCAAAGUACUGCACAAAAAUACAGCGCAAUAAAUAAUAAAAAGGAAAAGUUAAAUUAAAACGAUAAAACUAUUGAAUCUAAUUAAAACAGUAAAUUUAGGACAUAGAGACUAGAAUAGAGUAGAAUAGAAUAGAGAUAAGGCUUCUGUGUGUUGAUGCUAGGGGGGAGCUGAGUGGGGGACUGACAGGAAGUGACGUUGGGGAGUUUUAGCUUGGUGUGGGUUAUGUCUGCAACAGUAGUUCGUGUUUUUAUUUGAUAUUUAUUAGGGAUUAUUGUGACUGUUGUGCAAUAAUUCAAACCUGCAAUAAAAGCCUGUCAUUGAGGAGAUCAAGCCUGGUGCUUGUGUGUCUCACCGAACAUUACGCUAUCAUUACUUAAUUUAGUAUGCUUAAUUUAGGCCAAAAAUACGCACAGUGUUCCCUCGUUUAUCGCGGGGAUAGGUACCCAAAAUACCAGCGAACCACAACGAGAGCCAUUAUCCACAAAUGGCGGUAACAUGAAACAGUAGUGAACCUUCCCAGGAGUGGCCGGCCGAACAAAAAUACCCCAAGAGCGCAGGAACGACUCAUCCAAGAGGUCACAAAAGACCCCACAACAACAUCCAAAGAAUUUCAGUGUUCAAGAAAGACACUGGGCAAAAAUGGCCUGAAUGGCGGAGUUUCAAGACGAACACCACUGCUGAACAAAAAGAAAAAUUAAGGCUUGCCAGAAAACAUCUUGACGAUACCCAAGACCUUUGGGAAUAUACUCUGUGGUCUGACGAGACAAAAGUUGAACUUUUUGGAAUGUGUGUUUCUCAUUACAUCCAGCGUAAAAGUAAGGCUGCAUUUCAGAAAAAGACGAUCAUACCAACAGUAAAAUAUGGUGAUUAUAGU